GAGGAAUCAGUGCACGGCACGUGGAUUAAAACACUUCCUAGAAGCAGCUAGUUCUGUACAUCGCUGCAACCCUCCCUGAACUUUCUCAGUAAAUACAGCAGCCUGACAGCCUGGCUUCCCUGCUGGGUGGAUCCUGCAACUCCAGGAGGGAAUGGCACUUCUUGUUUUUAAUUAGCAAAGGUGAAAGGUGAAUUAAAACUGGCUGUUUGGCAAGUCAGAGCAAGGGGCUGAGUUCUGAAGAGCACCAAGGAGGAGGGUGCUUGCUUCUUUUUUUUUUUUUUCCUCUUCCCUUCCUUCUCUGAAUGAAUUGCCUUGCAGGAGGGACUGAAAAUACAGCUUCUUCCUGAAUCCACAGGCAGAGUUGCUAAAGAGAGCUCAAGACACAACACUGCAGAGUAACGCCUUGGAAUGUCCUCGCACGUUAUAAACAAUUAUCCCAGGGAGGGAAUAUUUUUACAUGACAUUUGCACAGCUUGACAAACGGCUAGCUGAGGCUGUGUGCUUUUUUGAUGAGCGUUGAAUUUCCCGUAGAGAUACCCCAUAAACUGACCAAAGAGAGAUAUCUAACUGCACUGGGAAAGUAGAAGUGGAACUUGGAGCCUUAAAAAAAAAAACAACAAACAGCAGCGAUAAAGUGAAGAGUGCAAGAAUUCGAUGUUGGGCAGGAUGGCAUCUGCCCAGGACAUUUUAAUACUGGCAUUCUGUGGCUUGUUACUAGAGUUACCAACGGGAUGUCAUGCAACAGAUACAAGGCAGCCAAGGUUACGUCUGUCACAUAAAGAGCUCUGGGAUUUAAACAGGACGUCAGUCUUUCAUAGCCCAUUUGGAUAUCUUGGCCUUCAUAUAAUGCUGCUGGAUGAGUAUCAAGAGCGACUGUUUGCGGGAGGAAGAGACCUCUUGUAUUCCCUCAGUUUGGACCGAGUCAGUGACAACUAUCGAGAGAUUCACUGGCCUAGUACACCUCUUCAGGCAGAAGAGUGCAUAAUUAAAGGAAGAGAUGCUGAUGAAUGUGCGAAUUAUGUCCGUGUCCUUCACCGAUACAACAGAACACAUCUCCUGGCUUGUGGAACAGGAGCUUUUGAUCCACUCUGUACCUUUAUUAGGGUUGGGCAUCCAUCAGAGAAGUUACAAAUAAGGAAAAAUUUGACUGCUGAUUCUGAAGACAGAACUAAGCUGGAGUUUCCAAAAGAGCAUACUACAAAAGAGCAUACUCCAACAAAACAUAAGGAUCAUCUGUUUCAACUGGAAUCGCACAAAUUUGAGAGAGGACGAGGCAGGUGCCCUUUUGACCCCAGUUCUUCCUUCACCUCCAUCUUAAUUGGUGGUGAACUUUUUACUGGUCUCUACAGUGACUACUGGGGAAGAGAUGCGGCUGUCUUUCGCACCAUGAAUCGUAUGGCACAUCUCCGAACUGAACCUGAUAGUGAGCGCCUGUUAAAAGAACCAAAGUUUGUUGGCUCAUACAUGAUUCCUGACAAUGAAGACCACGAUGAUAACAAAGUAUAUUUCUUCUUUACUGAAAAAGCAUUAGAGGCUGAGACAAGCAGUCAUGCCAUUUAUACCAGAGUGGGACGUGUGUGUGCGAACGAUAUGGGAGGACAACGAAUGCUUGUGAAUAAAUGGAGCACUUUCCUGAAAACCAGAUUAGUUUGCUCUGUGCCUGGGAGAAAUGGAAUUGAUACACAUUUUGAUGAAUUAGAGGAUGUGUUUUUGCUGCAAACUCGUGAUAACAAAAAUCCAGUGAUAUUUGGCCUCUUCAACACUACAAGCAAUAUAUUUAGAGGGUAUGCUGUAUGUGUUUACCACAUGGCAAGUGUCCGAGCAGCUUUCAAUGGACCAUAUGCUCAUAAAGAAGGACCUGAAUACCACUGGGCUCUGUACGAAGGGAAAGUACCUUAUCCUAGACCUGGUUCAUGUGCCAGCAAAGUGAAUGGAGGUCUGUACACUACCACCAAAGACUAUCCUGAUGAAGCUGUCCAUUUCGCCAGGAGUCAUCCACUGAUGUAUCAGCCCAUCAAGCCUUUUCAUAAAAGACCAAUACUAGUCAAAACAGAUGGGAAGUACAAUCUUAAACAAAUAGCGGUGGACAGAGUAGAAGCUGAAGAUGGGCAAUAUGAUGUCUUGUUCAUUGGCACAGAUAAUGGAAUUGUGCUGAAAGUCAUUACAAUUUACAAUCAAGAAGCAGAAUCAAUGGAAGAAGUGAUUCUUGAAGAGCUACAAGUAUUCAAGGUGCCAGUUCCCAUAAUUUCUAUGGAAAUCUCAUCAAAAAGGCAACAACUCUACAUUGGAUCUGAGUCAGUCAUAGCACAAGUGAAGUUCCACCAGUGUGACAUGUAUGGCACAGCCUGUGCUGACUGCUGCCUGGCUCGAGAUCCUUACUGUGCUUGGGAUGGCAUCUCCUGCUCCCGGUACUAUCCCACAGGAAUGCAGGCAAAGAGACGUUUCCGCAGACAAGAUGUUCGACAUGGAAAUGCAGCUCAGCAGUGCUUUGGCCAGCAAUUCAUUGGAGAAGUUCUGGAGAAGACUGAGGAGCGAUUGGUUUAUGGAAUAGAGUACAAUAGCACCCUACUGGAGUGCACACCUCGGACCUUACAAGCGAAAGUAAUCUGGCUUGUCCAGCGAGCCCAUGAAACUAAGAAGGAAGAGGUGAGGACAGAUGACAGAACAAUCAAAAUGGACCUUGGUCUGUUAUUCCUGAAGUUGCAUCGCCUAGAUGCAGGGAUCUAUUUUUGUCAGACAGUGGAACACAGCAUCGUUCACACUGUAAGGAAAAUCACCCUGGAAAUAGUUGAAGAAGAACGUGUAGAAGAAAUGUUCAAUAAAGACUACGAGGAGGAGAUACCUCACAAAAUGCCGUGCCCAAUGCAGAGCAACAUACCUCAAGCAUCAAAGCCAUGGUACAAGGAAUUUCUUCAACUGAUAGGUUACAGCAACUUCCAGAGGGUGGAGGAAUACUGUGAGAAAGUCUGGUGUACAGAUAAGAAGAGAAAAAAGCUGAAAAUGUCUCCAUCCAAGUGGAAAUACACCAACCCUCAGGAGAAGAAGGCAAGGAUCAGGCCAGAACAUUACCGACUGCCCAGGAACAUAGCUGACUCUUGAUGGACAAAAUCCACCUGAUGUUUCUGGGCAAAAUUUUAUUUGAAC